CCAGUCUCUUGCACCCCAAGCCUUAUCCACUUUCAAUUUCCCUACCCAAAAAGUACCAUAUGUUUUCUGUCUCCUUAAUCAACCCCUUAUUCUUAUCCAGUAAUAUCAAAUCCUCCAAUAGUAGAAAAAGUUCCUAUCUUUCAAGAAAAAUUGUUGCCAUUCAUACCACAGUUGAAAACAGAGGACCCUGUUCUUGUGCAACAAAGAUGAGUUCCCUCUAUGAGGUGCUUGGAAUUUCAAUGGGUGCAAGCUGCAUCGAAAUUAAGUCUGCUUAUAGAAAGCUGGCAAGAACAUGUCACCCUGAUGUUGUAGCAAUGAAUCAGAAGGAAAGCUCAAGUAACCAGUUUAUGAUGAUCCAUUUAGCAUACUCAACUUUGUCUGACCCAGAUAAGCGUGCUCGAUAUGAUAGAGAAAUCUAUGAACACAGAAGACCAGCUACUGUAACUUCCAUGUCAGGAAGAUAUCGGACAUAUUCCCAUGCCGGAAGGAAAUGGGAAACGGAUCAAUGUUGGUAGUUGAUCGUGUAAAAUAUUAACCAUGUUCUUUUCUUUUCUGUUCCUUUUUUUUGUAUAAUAUAGCCAUAUUAUUUUCCCUCUUA